GCCAUGUCAGGCCCGGAGAAGGAAAGGAGGUCAUGGCAAGACCUUUCAUGGAGAGCCGAGGAAGGGCAAUGGGUGUUCGUUCGUGCAGGAGAUUGGGAAGGAUUGAUGCGUUUGCUCUCGAGAGAAUGGAUCCCUUGUUGUGGAGCAGAGGGGAUUUGCGACUCAGUGGCGGGUGUCGUGGGGAGGGAACCCUAGAAGGUAAGGAGGGAGUGUGAGUGAGUCGAGUGGGGCCUUUUGGUUUGCUGCAGGAGUUGUCGUCAAUUCGAAUCGCGGAAGGGCAAGGAAGUGGCAGGCAGCUUGAGGGUUGGAAUUUGGACUUCGAGGAGGAGGAGGAGGAGAAGAAAGCAGUCGGAAUGGAGUGAUCGGUGACGGUCGAUCUGCUGUUGCAGUCGUGGAAUUUUCUUGAAGAAGGCCAAGGAGGUACUAAUUGGCAAUCGGUGUCAUGGAGCUCGAAAGUAGAGGAUCGGAUGAUGGGCCGGGUGGAGGGCUCGAAGCGCUGCCUGCCAAGGAAUCAAUUUCUCCGUUUCUUCGGAAUCUGCUUAACGAGUCUUUUAACACUGUAGACGAUCUGUCUGGAACGCCUUCCUUGGUUGCCCGUUUGCUGGCCGAGCUGGAUGAGGAGAAGGAAAAUUUCCGCAAGGCUCAGGCGCAGGUUCUGGUCACUACAUCCCGCGGCUUGUCACGUUUUGGUCUUCUGACCAACUCGUUGGAGAAAUUGACCUCCAAGAUUGAGAAUGUCAGGGCGUCCAGUGUUCCCCUUUCUUCAAUGCAAAGAGAAGGUAGUGGUAGCGGCGGAAAUGGUACGGCAGUUUCGGAGAAAAAACACGGGAUUUCAAACUGGGAGGAGAAGGAGAAGGUUGAAAUCGAGAGAAUAAUGAAUCCGGGAAGAGGUGAGACGGAGUCUGAGGGCACCGAACUGAACCGGCGAGGGAUGGUAGAAGAACUUGAGAAUUUAGCUAAUGAAGUGGCUAGAGUUGAGAAAGUCAGGAUUUACGCAGAAAGUGCAUUGAAGUUGGAGCAACUUGUCGGUGAUCUAGAAGCUGCUGUUGCAACCAUCUCCAGCUCUGUACGUUCAUCCACACAGAGUGGGGGAAUACUGCUGAAAGCAACGCGCGCAGUGAAAAUCAUGCAGACCACCGAAGCUGCAGUUGCUGAAAUUUCAAACGCUCACUGGAAUCGCCUCGUGUCAGCGGUAGACCUUAGAGUCGACCGAGUGGCCGCUAUCUUGCGACCUGUAGUCGUAGCAGAUCAUCGGCAUAUCUUGAAAUCGAUAGGGUGGCCACCCCCGCUGUCUGCCUCCUCUGUCGGUGGAAACAAGUUGGUGAAUCCCCUGUUGGAGAUGUCGGAAGUGCAGGAACGGACAUAUUUUGAAAGCUUCAUGGCGUUGACAAUUUUGCAAGCUGUGCAGCAAGCAAGGAGAGAGAGGCAACUCAAUCAGUACAAAAAUGUCAACGACGUGAUAUCCCCAGAUACACUCAGUGAACGAAAGAUGAAGAGUCGAGCGAACCGUGCUCCACUCUGGGCCAUGGAUGAACUGGUUUCUCCUGUGGCGGCCAAGGCCGAGCCACACUUUCUCCGAUGGACCACCAAACCAGAGUUGGCCUUCGCUCUAGCCUUCCGUCUGGCCCAGGAAUAUGUCGAUUCUGUGGACGAAAUUUUGCAGCCUUUAAUUGACAAGGCUAAUCUUGCAGGGUAUAGUGCCCGAGAAGAGUGGGUAUUCUCGCUCUCGAGCAUGAUGUCUCUCUAUCUCCAAAACCACAUUCUUCCUGGAUUAGCCAAUGAUUUGCAAGAUGAUGGUGGAGCUGGAUCCGUUGCUGCUGCCCUGUGGUUACACAUAGUAGAUGAAGCCUUGGCUUUCGACGGACGGAUGAAAUCUCUUGCUAUGCGAGUUCUCGGACUUUUCCAAGGAGGAUCUUUGGAGGAAGCUCAAGUAGAAGACUUGGACAACUUGUCCGGGCCUGUUGUCCUUUCUAUUUCAGCCAUAGCGGACCGACAAGAAUGGUUGGAGAUGUGGGCAACGCUGGAGCGCGAGGAUGUACUGGCAAAACUGAAAGUAGAGCUGCACAAUGACGGAGCAUGGGUCACGAAAACCAAGGCGGACGUUUUCUUGGGAUUGGUUCAGGACGGCCACGAAGGGGCAAAUGGAUUUUUGGGUGCCCCUAUUGAAAAUUUUCGGGCUCCUGCAGGAGCUUCAUUAGUCAUGGCUUCAAUGUCUGCUAUCACGGAUAGAUGCCGGAGCCUUCUGGAACCGUAUCAGCAGUACGUUUUUGUCAAGCUAGGGGCUAUCCCAAUAGCACAAGUCUACCUGCAAGAGAUGCUUGGGCCAAGAUGCCUAGAACUGCAAGCUGUCACAGCUCUUGCAGAUGAGGAAUCGAUGGUGAAAGUGGCCACCUGCCUAAAUGCCGCUCGUUUUUGUCAACAUUCGCUGCAGGAGUGGGGUGAGGACAUUUUCUUUGUAGAGUUACUUAACGCUCAUCAAGACGAGACUCAAGGUACGAUAGAAUUGACGGGGGGAUCAAUUUUUGACCAAGAGAUCGGGGAAUUUGAACAGUUUAGGAAAGAUUGGCUAAACAAGCUGGUGUCGUCAAUAUCGAGGGGAUUUGAAGCUCGGUGCAGAGAAUAUCUGUGGAAUAAGAAAAGGUGGAGCGACCCUGGCAACGGUACACAGAGUCUCGCUGUUCCCGUACAAGAUAGCGAUGUGGAGUCUAAGCCUAGGCCGAAAGAUCUGAUGGAUGAAACUUAUGUAAAUACUUUAAAAGAUUUCGACGUUUCUGCCACUAUGGUGGAUAGCCUCGCCGUGUUGCAGAGUCAACUAUCGACUUUAAAUGCAACGCUGGACUUCGUGAACUUCUUGGAGCUAUGGCGCAGCUUAGCCGCAGUUUUGGAUCAGCUCCUCGUCAAUUCGGUUGUCUUGAGUGGGGCUAAGUUCUCAGACUACGGAGGGUGGCAGUUUGCUGCGGACAUUCAAGGCUUGUUCCUGCUAUUUAAGCCAUACUGCGUUCGGCCUUCUGGGUUUUUCAAGACACUGCACGAUGCUGUCAUUCUUUUAACUCUAUCUUCCAAUGAUGCACAUACCCUUCUUCAGGCACUCCAACCAUCUCCUGUCAAGCCAAGAGAACAAACAGAUAUGGCUAAAGAUAAGUCUCUGAUUGACAUCUCGAGACGUUUUGGAGUUCGGAAGCUAGACCCUGUGACCAUCAGAAAGGUUUUGAGUUGCAGAAUGCUUUCAAAAACUUGAUGCACCCUGACGGCGUCUGGGCUGCUAUUCAUUCCGUCCUCCCUCCCACUGUGAAUUUGUAAAAAAUGUACCUGACACUUUUAUAUUCCCUUUUUCUUCUCUAAGUGUGUGAAGAAAUUGCUGAUGAGGCGAGAGUUGUCAAUAUCAUAUGCAUCUCCUCACUAUAACGAAUCUCAAGCACGAGGUUCCAGUUAGAAUUUCAGAAUAUAUAUACGCAUAUCUUACUUCUGGAAUUCAACAACUGAUAAGGGCUCCUCUGCUGAACCAUGAGAGGACUUCAGGUGCGAUGCCGUCUUUCAGCAUAUUUAGAGUCCAUUAUUUGCAGGUGGCAACCCUUUCUCUGAAAUGCUUGAGCGAAGAACCAGAAGAGCUUCUACGCUGCACUUUAAGUCGUUCAGAUUAUUCUAAUCUCUUAUGGAUCUUAGAUCGUGCGUCAUCGUCAUCAUGAUCAUACCACCUUAGAUUGUGUAAUUGCCACAUUGUCUUUCAUGGUCGCUCAUGAUAUCCUUCAGUCUUAUCAGUUCCUUCAGUUCCUGGCUUAUUUCUAGUUACUUCUCUUGUUGGCCUGGUGGGCUGACUCAUUUCUGGAACCUCCAUUAUGGCGUUUAUGUAGCGUAGGAGUAUUUUGACGGACCCCUGUUGUCUCCCCUAAGAGCAGAGUUGAACUCGUUCUUUGUCGGGAGCGUGCAGGCUCUGCUAUUACUACAUUAGGUAUGGUAAUUCUCCACUACAGGACACUUUCCGCUCGCAUCUGUGAAUCACUCCUCACAAGGACCAUCACUGUGGGAUGAUGGAAGAAGAAAUGUGGAAGCACUUCUGGUUUCAAGUUCAACUCCAGCUACACGAUUGCAACCUUUGUUCACCGGAGCUGAUUGUUGAAGACAAUUUAUCGAGAUCGGAAAAGGUCCCUGUGGAGACUUUCUGGAGACCAGGCCUCGGCGUUAUAUCCUGGAGAACUUUCGGUUGCUCUAACAUCACCCAUGAUACCCACUGUGACUGCUGCAGCAGCUUCACAAUCUUAUUCAAGCCAUUUCUCCAUAUUCAUUCUCGAGAGUUUUGCUCAAAGACAAACGGGGAGCCUCACAGAAGACUUUUUGGGAAGGUACGAGACAUAGGGUCAAUAUUUUCAGGUAAAGCAAACGAACCAACCUGUAGUGUAAUCGAUCGUCCGGGCACUGUCAAGUUGAUCCGGUUUCAGCAGAUAACGUGGAGGGACGGAAUUUCACAACUUAACGCAAGUUAAAAUAUAGAUCGAGCUUCAGCAAUAACCCGCAUUCACAUGGAAGCCAGGUGAAGUUGGUCGACUCUCGAGCAACACGAUGCUUGAUUCAAACCUCUGUAGCACUUCCUAUGAUUCUACCCACUGAUAAUAUGAUUUGCAUGUCUUUGAGACACAAACUUCAUGGUAGUAUUAUACUAUCUCUCAGGAAAAAGACAUCGAC